GGAAAGUGACGUUUGACGCAAUCGGUGACGGCGCCGGGCCUGGAGCCGUGACGGGGCGAGUCGGUCGGCGGCAGCAGAUGCCCACAUCAAUAAGGAAUGCCAGUGUGAGUGAAGCCCUUUGUGGGAAGUUGGUGCUCACGGAACCAACCCCUUACGUGCUGGGAAGGCUGAAAACAAUAUGCAUGUUCACACGCCAUAUGGAAGUUGGACGCUGAUGGUGUGGGAGCAGCAUGGCAGCAUCAUGGAUAAGAUGUACGCUUGGCACACUUGUGGCAUCCAUUGCCUUUGCCUCCCUGAGUAGAGCUGUACCAUCAAACUAUCUCCACCUUGACUACUGUGUGAUAGGGGCAGGUCCUAGUGGCUUGCAGAUUGGUUAUUUUCUACAUCAGUCCCAAAGGCAGUAUCUGAUUUUUGAACGUAGUAAUAUCUCUGGGAGCUUUUAUAUACGUUAUCCUCGCCAUCGGAAACUCAUCAGUAUCAACAAGCGUUACACUGGGAAACAUAACAAAGAGUUUAACCUCCGCCAUGACUGGAACUCACUGCUCAGUCAUGAUGACAAUCUACUCUUCAAGCACUACACCAAAGAUUUCUUCCCUCAUGCUGACACCAUGCUCCGAUACUUGAAUGAUUUUACUAAAACACUGAAACUGAAGGUUCAGUACAAUACAGAGAUAAAGUGGAUUGAAGCGGAAAGCGAUCUCCAGGCCUGGAAUGGGCAUUAUUUCUUUCUGACAGAUCAGAAUAACCAUCAUUACAGGUGCAGUGUCCUGUUGGUAGCAACCGGAUUAGAGGUGCCCCAUGAGCCCAAUUUUCCAGGCUCUGAAUACGCUGAGGGCUACGAGAGUGUUUCCAUAGACCCAGCUGACUUCGUUGGGCAAUCAGUCCUCAUCCUAGGUCGCGGCAAUUCGGCAUUUGAGACGGCAGACAACAUUGCUGGAGUAACUAACUUUAUCCACGGAUUGAGUCGGUCCCGAAUACGGCUCGCCUGGUCUACUCAUUAUGUUGGAGAUCUCCGGGCAGUGAACAAUGCUCUAUUGGACACCUAUCAACUGAAGUCGCUGGAUGGCUUGCUGGAGGGAGACCUGGAAAAUAUUAUGAUAAUCCAAGACAAAAAGGGAAAGUUCCACUUACAGCGAAGACGUGACUUUGUCCAGAAAAACACCUCGCAAGAUAUACCCUCCGACGGCAGUGAGCCAUGCUUCCUGACUGAAGAAUGGGCAGAUAACCUGGCAGUGCGUCUGCCUUAUGAUCGUGUUAUCCGCUGCUUGGGUUGGAAGUUCAACUUCUCCAUUUUCAACAAUCUUACGAAGCUUCAGAGGGGUCAAGGUCGCAUGAAUAAGUAUCCACUGAUCAAAGCCUCUUACGAAGCAGUAAAUCUUCCAGGAAUGUAUGUUGUAGGGACAGCCAGUCAUUCCAUUGAUUUUAGGAAGGCAGCUGGCGGCUUCAUCCAUGGGUUCCGCUACACAGCUCGUGUAGUCCACCGUCUGAUGGAGUAUCGAUACCACGGUGUCCACUGGCCAUCUACUGUCCAGCCCAUCACCCAGCUGACUAAUGCCAUCAUCAGGCGCAUCAACGAGGCCUCUGGUACUUACCAAAUGUUCAGUGUCCUUGCUGACAUUGUGCUGCUGCAAAAGAAUGCCACCGAGUUUGAAUAUUUGGAAGAGUAUCCAAUUGGAGUACUUCCGUAUCUUUGGGAAAACACUGGGAAGAAUGUUGAAAACGGAUUGUUCGUUAUUAAUUUGGAAUAUGGGAGCAACUUCUCCAAACCAGAGGCAGACGUUUUUCAUCCUAGCCGUUCAGUGGGAGAGCCAAAGGAUGCAUGGCUCUCAAACUUCCUCCACCCUGUCAUCUACUUCUACAGAUGCCUCCCAACAGAGACAGAGAUGAUGCAAAGACCGAAGUUCUGGCCGCUGCCACGGCCGAGCUACAUCCAUCACAUUGUAGAAGACUUCCUGACAGACUGGACAGCUGCCAAAGCUCACAUUCUGCCCCUGCGACGCUUCCUGGAGACCUGCCUGGGCACUGACCUCAGAAACUUCUUUGCAGAAUCCUGCUUCAAGUUUGCUUUAACCAGCCAGCAUCUGCCACCCAGCUGUCACCAUGGUUACUUAAACAUGCAAGGGUUACUGGUCAACUAGAACGUGCGGCACACUCACAGGGUUGAGGAAAUGGACUGUCCUUCUCACGACACCGUCUCUGUCGAGGAACACUCACACCAGAGCUUGUCCAACGAGCAGAGGGAGAAGCCCUUAGCCACAGUGAUUACCUGAGCAACAGAAUGAUUCGAGGAGUUGCGACGUAGUGGUCUAUCCACCAGUGUACCUCAGCCAGGUGAGGCCCAAGUGCACUCACAGUUUCUCCAGUACCUUACAGCUCUACUCUUUAAAGCUAAACUUCUGUAUAGUAAAGCAUUAUGCUGCAAGUAAGGGAACUUCAAAGCAAAAGCAGAUCAUGCUGGAAUCACUCAGCAGGUCUGGCGACAUCAGCAGAACCCAACCCAGCUACUAUACUCUCCCUAGACAGCUUGCUAGACCUGUUUAGAUUUUAUGCAAUGUAAUGUAACAUUUAUACAUGAAUUAUCAAGCCAAAAAAAUAUUUAUUCAUUUAACAGGGAGACUGUUUUUACAUUAUUGGAUUCGCUACUCACUGGGGCUUUCCUGAAACAUUUUUUAAAGAAGUUUUUUAUUGUAGGUGUGAUAGAUUUUUGUUUGCAUGAUAGACUUUUGUAUUCAAGUCACUCCUGGUAUUAAAAAAUUUUUUAACGUAGGACUUGCGUGACAUAUGGCUGAUCCGUUAGUGUUGCUAGUUGGUGUAUAGUGAUGAUCUGGCUUUAACCUAAAGUCACUAAAGGAACUUGGGCAUUAUCGCAGUUCUGUGUGGGCAUGCCUGUUCGGUAUUUUCUGCAUUCCAUCAGGGACUGUACUUCAUGUGGUUUUGGAAGGCACAAAUGAAUGCAAGUCAUUUCUUGUUUCUGAGUUGGGGCUUGUUUUUAUUCGUGACUGGAGGCCUUGUACGACAGGCUUGCUGGAACCGUGGCUGAGUUCAGCUCAGACUGGUGCUUGUAAACAACAUGCAGAGCAAAGGAGCAGUCAGACAGACCUGGACUUGCCACCUCUCCUUCGCUGUAUCUCAUCCAAAGAAAAAGAACUGUAAUGCCACGAGAUUCCUGCAGAGGGUGCAACUGAGCUAUUGUCAUUAGUGGACAUGGGUAAAUUCUGAGCCACAUGCCAAAUAAUCUACUGGCAGGAAUGAAUCAGUGGAGACUUGGCAAAUAGAACGGGGUGUAAAAGGCCUCAGGAAGUCACGUCAGUCAGAGGAAAAGGUAGCAGGACAGCAAAAGCAACUGAAUAAAUGUGUUUUGGACCAAAAGAAACCAAAGAGUCAGUAUACAGGCAGUGGGAAGAUGUUGCAGUGUGCAUGAAUCAAAAGGCCAAGGGACUGAAAUAUAUAAUCCCCAAAGGUGAGAGUGUGGAUGACCAACAGAAUCGGAAGCUCUACUCCAAGUAAAAACUGGGCAGAAUGCUCCUUGUAUUGCUUGCAAAGUCAGCAACUGUGUAAAUCACAGAGACUUGAGAGAGAUUCAUUCAGACAGAGGCCCUCCCUGAUCUGUAAUUUCUGUCAACCCAACCUACAAAGAGGUGUUGUCAUCCUGGGGGCGGGGGGGGCAGACGGAGGUUUUUUUUCCUCACCUUGGGCUUAGUUUCCAAACUUAUCAGCACAGUGGAAUCCUGGGCUGCAAUCAAUCACCUCCUGGGCAUCUUUCCCAGUACAGGCACCGUGCCCUUCCUUACAUUCUCAGACCCUGCUGGCCUCGUGGUUUUCAACAUGUUUGGAUUUGUUUUCCCCUAUUUUCCUUGUCUGCUCGCUUUUCCUGUGGCUCACAUUGUUCCAGGCUCUGCGUGUAUGAUUCAUUGCCUUUAAGUCAUUCACAGUCAGGUCAGACUGUUUCUUUUGUUCCAUUAUGAUCUUAUACACUCCAUUUAAUCAGUACAAUCCUCAGUAAGGGUAUGAAGUCUCGCUGGAUUCUGCAAAAAGGAAGUCCACCUGUUUGCUCCCCACUGCCUGCAGACGGUGUAAAUGUGAUUGCAGGUUGAAUCUUGUGACAAAAGGAGGACGAGCUGCAUCCUGACAUGGUGCUGGACGAUGCUCAGUGCUGUGUCACUGGGUAAACGUCAGGGAACUGAUGCUGGAUGACAUCCCAGCCACAUGGUGUGCUUCACUAGCGCAGUGUUCCUUACAGGAUAUGUCUACACCGUUCUCCUGUCUAGUACGUUUUCCUCUCCAGUCCCCCUGCCCCACCCUAUUACUUUCAUUUUCUGCUCUCCGCUCGAGGGCCUUUCACCAAUGCUCCUUUACCAAUGUUCCCUCUAAUGGCAACAGUGCGCAAAAAAUCUUGCGCUGUGCAAUUUUUUGCCCAGUGACAACAACAUGUGCGCACUGAAUUUUUAAGUGGAAGUAAACCUAAAGCUAAUCCAAGGAUAAUAAACUACAAAUUCCAGUUUGUUUAAAAGAAAUGAAAUAACUGUCAAUAAGAACUUUGAUCAGGAUUCAACCCAAGUCUCUGUUGCUGUGAGUUUAUACCAAGAGAGCUCACACUAAGUUUGGUUAAUGUUUUCCAGUAACCAAACUUGAAUCAGCUGACUCCAGCCGCUGCAAGCUGGGCCCCGUGGCAGUGGGGAACGCCUUCACCUUCAGAGUGUGAUUGUUUACACUGUCAUGGGCUCCGUGAGAUAGCAGAACAAACACUCUCUAACUUCCUGAUCUGCUGAGAGUUAAGCAAAAGAUUACUUGUUGCAUACACCUGUUAGGGUGCAUUCUCCAGUUACCUUAUAAGGUAACUGCAACAAUGCAUGUUAAUCUCAAAAGCUAAAUCUUGGCGCGGACCCAAUAUAAUGACUGUAGCAAUGGAGGGCUGCGCCCACCUGUCUUCCACUGCUGCUCGUCCCUGUGGCUUCAUGGGAUACAGCUUGCCUUGGAGAAGACAAAGCUGAGAGUGAUUUAGUAUUAAUAUUCAGAAUCCUGCAAGGUUUUGCCCCCUCACAACAACUCUCCAGUAAGUCUUUCAGUAUUUCCACGAAAAUAAUUUAACUCUCAUUUGGAAGUUGCUGUUGAAUCAUCUUUGAUAACUCCUCCAGGCAGCACAAUCCAGAUCAUAACCUGUUAUGAGAAAGUAUUCUCAAUUGCACAGCGAGUAGAGCUGCUGCCUGACAACAUUAGAGACCUGAUCUCCAGUCUGUGAGUUUCCUCUGGUGCUCCAGUAUCAUCCCACGUCCCAAAGGCGUGCAGGCUGCUCACUCUAAAUUGUCCUUAGUGUGUCAGUGCUGGUAACUAGAUGUGAUGAGAAUAAAAACUGGGAUUAACGUAGAAUUAGCAUAUUAGUAAUAUAGAUGGUUGGCAUAGAUUUGAAGGGCCUGCUUCUCUACUGUAAAUCUCUGUCUCUGUCUGAUAAUUAAUACAAUCUACUGGCCACACUGUGGGUCAUCAGUGCCCUGACUACAAGUCAGUGGCCCACAUGAAGCUUGUUGCUGUCAGCCACAACAGUGAGAACGUUUCAGAAUUCGGGGGGUGGGUGGACAAUCUGGCACAAAGUCCCCACCUCUGGCCACCCACUGACUCCUGCUGCCAAGUGCACGCGGCAGGCAAGGGCUGCAUUCGGGUCUCAAUGUAAAAAUGCCUCCAUUGUCCCUGCCACCAUGGCUUCCCUCCCCCUCCCCACAUCCCAAAGAUAAUGCAGGUUGGUAGGUUAAUUGGCCUCUGUAAAAUUCCCCUGGGGUGUGUGUGUGGGUGUGUGUGCGUGUGUGUGUGUCUGGGGUAGAACCUGAGAAAUGAGAAAAUACAAAUGGGGUUAAACUCGGAUCAGGGUAAAAGUGUUGAUUGUCAACGUGGACUCGAUGGGGGUCUAAAUCGUGCUGGGGUGGCCUGCCCGCUAGCUUGAUCUUUUGAGUCUUGGUUGUUGACCAUCCUGUCAUACCCUUAAUGGGGGUUCUGGAUAUCAUAGGGAAAUUUCCCCUUUUCCCUGCUGCAGAAGCCUAGCUCUUGGAGUAAAAAAAACUUGUUUCCCUCUCACACCUUCUCUUCUUACAUGCUCAUCACCCCCCUCUGGUGCUCCUCUGCCUUCCCUUUCUUCCAUUGUAUAGUGUCCUCUCCUAUCAGAUCCCCCCUUCUCCAGCCCUGUAUCUCAUCCACCACUCAACUUCCCAGCUCAUUACUUCAAUCCCCUCCCCCUCCCCUAGUUUCACUAUCACCUGCCACCUUGUACUUCUUCCUCCCCUCACCACCUUCUUCCCUUCCUUUUCCAGUCCUGAGGAAGGGUCUCGGCCUGAACCAUCCAGUGUUUACUCUUUUCCAUAGGUGCUGCCUGGCCUGCUGAGUUCCUCCAGCAUUGUGUGUGUGUAUGUUUGGUAUAAUUGUGAGACAAUCAGAAAGCUGGAAACACCCAGCGGGUCGAGCAGCUUCCUCGGGGAGAGGUUGUUGAUGGUUCAGGUUUGUGGUCCACAGUAGCCUACUGCCUCAUGCAUCUCCACGUAACUGAGAAGGCUAAAUGCAGGAUCGAUUUCAAUUUUCCCUCUUCUCUUUUGAAUAAUUCCUCGGACCUGUGUCCAGUGGCGAUCCCUGCAUCUAGUGAGUUACUGAUUCUGGCGUUUGCCAACGAAACGGAGUAAGGUGGAGAAAUCCUUGCUGGGUAUGUCUGUGUGGACGUUAUCAAGAUGGCUGCAACGUGCUGCCCUGUAGUUCAACAGCCUGAGGGCAGACCGAAGAGAAGACUGGUUCCUCAGGCAUGGUGGCAAAGAGGGUGGGUGUGUGGAAACAAAACCCAGCGUGGGACAUUAUGGGAAUGGGAAUGGAAGUAAAGAGAAGAAUCCUGCUAUCUUGAUCAUGGGCUGAUUGCUUGGCAUGUAAUUGUGUUUUCUCAUAUGUUUACAGAUAUGCAUGUAUUAUUGAGUUAAUAAAUGAUUGUUCAUUUUAAAUUGCUGAAGUUUUUUUGGUUCAGAGUUCUUGCAUACAAGGUAAAUGGUAAGGCACUGAAGAGUGCAGUAGAACAGAGGGAUCUGGGAAUACAGAUACAAAAUUCCCUAAAAGUGGCGUCACAGGUAGAUAGGGUCGUAAAGAGAGCUUUUGAUACAUUGGCCUUUAUAAAUCAAAGUAUUGAGUAUGAGCUGGAAUGUUAUGGUGAGGUUGUAUAAGGCAUUGAUGAGGCCGAAUUUGGAGUAUUGUGUGUAGUUUUGGUCACCAAAUUACAGGAAGGAUAUUAACAAGGUUGAAAGAGUGCAGAGAAGGUUUACAAGGAUGUUGCUGGGACUUGAGAAACUCAGUUACAGAGAAAGGUUGAAUAGGUUAGGACUUUAUUCCCUGGAGCGUAGAAGAAUGAGGGGAGAUUUGAUAGAGGUAUAUAAAAUUAUGAUGGGUAUAGAUAGAGUGAA